UUGGACUCCACUUUAGAAAUAAUAUAAACACAAAGUUCUUCACGCUCAAUUGCACUGCAAAAUAAAAAAUCACACUCACAAUGUUACGAAUUGCGCAAAGAAAAAGCAGGCAGGUUGCGCGUUCGAUUCUCACCCAAAGUCUCUAUGCCAUUUCGCAAAGUCUCUCCAGUGCUUCGGAAAAUUUGUGGUAUCUCGCUUCCGUUCGACAAAUUCACAAUGCAACGAGAGAUGCAAGUACGACUAGAGAUGCAAUUUAUGUUUACGACACGUCCGGCAAUCCAGGGUUCGAAUCUGAUGCCGUCACUCUGGGAUUGCUCAAUUCUCUGGCUAAGCUUAAGCCAGGCCUUGGAUUAUUUUGUCCGGUUGAUCGCUGUAUGAGACGCGGCUACAAGUCGGAGUUAUUUAAUAAGAUCAUGAUGUUGCAUGGCUGCGAUGUUGCUGUUAAGAAAGGUGUCACUAUGGACCGCGCUUAUCAGCUCUUGGCCGCCGAUAGACAAGAUGAACUUCUUGGUGAAAUUCUCGAAGCAUACAUGACUUUCAGAGAGAAUCAUGAUUUUGUUGUCCUGGAAGGGACGAACUUAAGAGGCUCUGGAGAUGUUGCUUUGAAUCUGAAUGUAGAUAUUGCAUAUACAUUGAAUACUGCUUCACUACUGGUUGCAAAUGCUAAAAGGUCUUUCAAUCUCAAUGACAGAAGUGUUGAAUUGGAAAAAUCUGAUUGGAAACAAACAUUACUUGAUAAUAUCAAAGUCAAUGAGUUAGCUUUUAAACACAACCACGUUGAUGUCAUGGGAGCCCUGGUGUACAACUUACCAGGGCUAACUAUAAAUAACAAUUCUUUACAGAACCUUUUUGAGGAUAGAAGGAUUGCAUGCUUUGGUGCAAUACCUGAGGAUAGUUUUCUGCAAUCUUGUCAGGACCAAAAUUCUAACCCUAUGCUUCCAGUUCGUGCAACUCUGUGUACAUCAACUGAGACAGCAUUAGCCUUGGAGAAUUUAUGCAUUGAAAUUUCAUCAGAUAUGCCUUGUAAAAUUCUACAAGCAUUGACUUUAUUGUCUGACAACAUCAAUUCAAACAUGCUUGAAAAAUCGCUACAGCAGGUUCAAUCCAAACACAUGAACCCAAAGAUAUUUCAAUACAAUAUUUUUGCACAGGCAAAGCAAGAGAGGCAGCAUAUUGUCCUUCCUGAGGGUGAGGAAUCUAGAACUAUUCAAGCAGCAGGAACUCUGUUAAAGAAUAAGCUAUGUAAUCUUACCCUUUUGGGAGAUCCUGAAAAGAUAAAUGAACUUGCUAGUCAAUUUAAAGUUGAUCUUAAAUGUGCUCAUAUCAUCAAUCCAUUAGAAUCACCUUUGAGAGACAAGUAUGCCACAAUGCUGUAUGAAUAUCGCAAGGAGAAGGGUGUCACAAAGGAAAAAGCAUAUGAUCUUGCAAAAGAUGCAACAUAUUUUGGUACAUUAAUAGUUGCUGCUGGAGAUGCAGAUGGCAUGGUUUCAGGUGCUAUACACACAACUGCAGAUACCAUCCGGCCUGCCUUGCAAAUUAUCAAGACAGAACCAGGUUUAAUAGCAUCAAGUGUCAUGUUCAUCUGCUUAAAGGACAAAGUGCAAGUUUUUGCAGACUGUGCAGUUAAUGUUGAACCAACAAGCAAGGAGCUUGCUGCUAUAGCAGUUGCAUCUGCUGAAACAGCAAUGGCAUUUGGCAUCAAACCAUUGGUUGCCAUGUUGUCAUAUGCAACCGGAGACUCCAAUGAUGGUCCCUCGGUACAAAAAGUUAGAGAUGCUAAAAAUAUUGCCCUACAGUUGCAGCCCAAUUUAUGCAUCGAGGGUCCUUUGCAGUAUGAUGCUGCCGUGAAUUUGACAGCAGCAAAAAUAAAGCUUAAAGGACAAGAGAGUACAGUGGCUGGAAAGGCCAAUAUACUUGUUUUCCCAGAACUAAAUGCAGGAAAUAUUGCCUACAAAGCUGUCCAGCAGAGCACUGGAGCAAUAACCAUGGGUCCAUUGCUUCAAGGUUUACGCAAACCAGUCAAUGAUCUAAGCAGGGGAUGCACUGUAGAUGAUAUUAUAUCCACAGUAGUCAUGACAGCUUUGCAAGCUGCUCAUCAGAAAAAGAAGCCAACUUCUAUGAAAUAACGAAAGUUUGAUUCCAAUUCCUAUAUGAAGUGAAUCAAUCUUUACCUGUCUAGAAUUUGUACAUCGUAUAGAUGGAACCUUCUUUUUCAAACAACAGCUGUCAUGAAAAUAUAAUAAUUACAGGGCUAUUCUCUAAAACAGUCAGUAUGGAAGCAUGUCAUGAGAUGAAAAAAUGGUUCCUUGUUACAAGUGCAGGUGUUUUCAAGUGUAUUCCUUCUUAUCACACGAUUAUAACAUAAAGUGGCUAUAAAUAUUCAUAUUUACACAUCUUGGAAUGUUUAGAUUUAUAUAAAUGCAGUCUUUUGUCAGUCA